CUUUCCUCUUUACCAUUUAACUUGAUUGCCAAUGGACUCAUCUCCAUUGGAUUGUACAGAUUCCAACCUAGAAACGCACUCCACCCGUAAAUUUCCGUCUUCCACAGUUUCACCUCCUUCGUUGUUCUCUCUCUUCUUCUCUCUGUGUUUUCUCACUCCGCUCUCUUAGAUUUUUUGGGACUGGAUAGAAGGAAUGGUGGGCUACAUGUUAUUGAAAGGGGUGCUGUUUGCUGGGUCUGUGUUUUGAGUUUUUAAGGAAUACGUGGUAUUGGAUUGCAGCUGCCGGCGAAUAUCAUGGAACUCUUCUAAUUUUAGGACAAAUUCUCACAUAAAAAAACUUUUUUGUUUUUGUUUUCGGUUACUUUUCGUAUGAUUUUGUGCUGAUUUAUAUUGGGAUUAAAAGGGGAAAAGGAAGGAGUUUUCCAAAUGAAAAAGCAAGGACCUUGCCGCCAUUGUGGAGUUACAAGUACUCCUCUAUGGCGAAAUGGACCACCUGAAAAGCCAGUUCUAUGCAAUGCAUGCGGUUCCAGGUGGAGAACUAAGGGUUCGCUGAUAAACUAUACACCACUGCAUGCUCGUGAGCCUUUCAAUUCAGUUGAGUUAAAUGUUCCAAAAAUCAAAAUAUCCUUCAAGCCCAAAGAACAUAAGUUGCAAAAGAGAAAUCAUCAAAAUGAUAUGUUGGAAAGUGAAUUUGAAAUGCAGUAUUGUGACCAGAACUUUUGCAAGGUUGCUAAGGGGUAUCAAAGCAAUCAAUGCAGUUCUGAAUCUGAAAUAUCUGGUUCAGAAAGUUGUGUUCAUUUUGACACCAUCGAAGCAAGUGAUAUAACAGGAUCACUGCAGUCUAAUGCAUGGGAUUCGCUAGAGCCAUCAAAGAAAAAGAUGUUUGUCUCCUGCCGAAAGCCUUCUCCUGUUGAAAAGCUCACGAAAGACCUGCAUUCCAUAUUGUCUGAAGAGCAGGCUUCUAAUCUGUCCAGAAUGUCAGAAGACGAUCUGCUUUAUGAAAGUGGAAAUCCAUUUGGGUGUUCAGAGAUUGGGUAUGGAGGUGUACUCAUCAAGCAUCCAAGUCCAAAAUUUGUAGAAGAGGAAUCAGAAGCAAGCUCAUUUACUAUAGACAAAUCAUACAUAACUAAUAAUGGUUAUUCAGGUUCAGUACCCUUGUACAUAAACACUGAACGAAAAGGAAUAACUUCUAUGAAUUCUUGUAUUGGCAUGAUAAAGCCAACAGCUCAAAUGCAUUAUGAAAAUGCCAAAAGUAGUGAGAAAAUUUUUGACGAGAAGUUAAAGAUACUGCAAGACAGAAGCUCUCCAUUGGGUUUUGCAGAUUUAGAUUCUUUCAUCAACUUUGAGGGUUUCACAAAAUGCUUUACAUACGAGGAACAACAAUUAUUGAUGAAAUAUCUACCAGCUGUAGACACUUCCGAACCUCCCGAAAGCCUAAAAAGCAUGUUUACCUGUCCUCAAUUCUUGGAUACGUUAUCUUGCCUCCAGCAACUGCUUCGCGAAGGAGUUUAUGACCUCUCUUUAUCAGGAGUGAGUGCCGAAGAAUGCAGGGUAUCGAAGAGUCUUGUAUUACUUAACCGCGCAGACAGUAAAAGGUCGGAGGAGUGUGAUGAAAAAACAGAGGAUGCAUCUGGAAAGAAGGUCAGAGGAAAUGGAAAUCCAAGUAGGCAAACUAUACCUGAUUUUUCAAAUUUCACAUCCCUGAAAAGAGAUAAUGAGAAGCAAGAUCAACACAUUCUAGAUCACAAAACCUUUUUGAGAACCCCCAAGAGAUUGCGCGAGUCUGGGGUCAUGAAUCCUCCUCCUAAAUGCUCAACCCCAAUUUUCAAAGGAACUGCAAACAUAAAUGAUCUCACGAACAACGACGGGGCUUGCCUUACCUCAAGAACAACUUUGCCUUCUCUUUCAGACAGGAGCUCCAUGCUUACCACCCCAAUUCAAUCCAUUGCUAAUUACUCUGAGGGUGACUUGCUUCUGGAUUUACCUUCCAAUGCAGACUACGCCGAAGCCGAACUGUUGUACCAUCCAAGGAGAGGGAAAAGGAGCCUAAAUGCUUCAACAACAGAUAGUCGACACGAAGCUACUACUGAUGGUCCAUCAUCGAGUUUCCAGUAACCCGCGUAAGAGAGGAUCGAGUAUAGAACACUAUAGCACUAAUUCCCCUUUGGCAUUAACUAAUCCUGUAUUGUAUAGCCCCUGGUACAUAGUUGUUAAUAACUCAGAGUGCAUUUUGGCUGUUGCUAAGUUCUUAUGCUUCUCGAUACAGGAAACAAACAAUGCUCAUCGCCAUCAAGAUUGAUGCUCAUGGCAUGUAACAAAGUGAACUAUGUUAACCAUUUGUAGCUUCAUCCUUUCUACUCA